AUCAAGGAACAUAAACACUUAAAGGGUUAACUGACAUUUGAUGUGAUUUUGCAGAAAAGAUAAAACUCUGACAAUGGUUACAUAAAGCUGUUUUUUUUUUUUUUUUUUUUUAGAAACUGUUGCCCUCCUUUUUUAAUGUGCGCGUUGUGACAGCAGUUGUCAAGGAGUCCCCAUGGUUACAGCCGCUCCGAGUUUGGAAUGCUGCGCCCUGUUGUAGGCUGAAAGCAGCCCCUAACGUGCACAUCCAUGCACACGCUCACAUUCACACUGGAGGUGCCGUCAUCCCACCAGACGACGGUUUCCCCCAAAAUCCGUCUUCGGAUUCGUAUGGAACCAGGAGCUGCAGCAGGAAAGAAAGUCUCUGGUGUCUGAAGAAGGUGGUCAUGAAAAACAGCAUGCAGCAUCCUGGAGAAGUUUCAUCUGCUUCCUUCUGAAGAGCAGUUUUCUCUGUGUGUGGAUGUUUGCCCCCUUAACUCAGCCCCCGGCAUGAGCCCCUUCAUCCUCCCCUUGUUGUCAUGCACAGGCGCUCUCCGUUUGGCAGCACAACAGCCGAGUCUUUCAGCUUUAAAGGCCUCCAGACUGUCAGAAGUUCUGCUGCUGAAGAAGAAGUUCAGGUGGGACGAGGAUGGAAAACCGCAGAUAAAGAACUUGUUUUGGAUGUGAGGAAAUCUUUGUUGGAACUUUUUAGAUUGUCGAGCUCUGGUGUCCUUCUAGAAGAGAAGACUUUGAGCGUCUGAAGAUGCUGCGCGAGGAGCUCUCAGCCCGAGAGGAGUUCACCUACAACCACGUCUCCAGCCUGGAGAGAGGCAGCGGGACGGCGGGGCGCCGUGGCGACCGAACAUCGGACAGGAGGUCAGAGAGGGGGGAGCGGGACAGGCCGGAGCGGGACAGCUUCACGGUGGACGUGAGGGCCAGUGACCUGCAGCUGGCCCAGCCGGAGCGUCUAAGGCACCCCUGCUUCAGCUACAGGGCCUGGCUCUACAGCGUCCUCAUAGGGGGCAGCCUACUCGUCACUUCAGGUUUCUCUCUCUACCUGGGAAAUGUAUUUCCUGUCGCCAUGGAUUACCUGCGCUGUGCUGCCGGCUCUGGAAUCCCUGCAGCCAUCGCCGGCUUCGCCAUUGCCAAAAACAGAAAUGUUGCUGUGUCAGACUUCCAGGUCGUCUAUGUUUCCACAUUUGCCGUGACAACCACCUGCCUGGUUUGGUUUGGUUGCAAACUGGUCUUGAACCCUUCUGCUGUGAAUAUCAACUUCAACCUGAUCUUGAUGAUUUUGCUGGAGGUGCUGAUGGCCAGCACCGUCAUCCUGUCGGCGCGCUCAGCCGAGGACUGCUGCCGGCACAGGAAGAAAUGCAACAGAUCUGGAUCCGUUAAACCUGCAGUGUUCCCAACCCGACUCCUCAAAGCCUAUUCUGUGAUUGAAGUAAUAGUUGGAAUUUCUGCUGUGUUUGGAGGCAUCAUCGCGCUCAACAUGGACGCUUUGCUCCCGGGGCCUUACUUAUCCGUCACCUUCUUCUGGAUCCUUGUUGCUUGUUUUCCCAGCGCCAUCGCCAGCCACGUUGUGUCAGAAUACCCCACCAAAUGCCUGGUGGAAGCGUUGAUUGCCAUCAGCAGCGUGACGUCCCCCCUCCUCUUCUCGGCCUCCGGCUUCCUCUCCUGCAGCGUGGUCAGCUUUGUGGAAAUGUUCCUUCAUGAUGUUCCGACCAGCAAGCAAUCCUACGACAUCCUGCUGCUGAUCCUGAUGGUGCUGCUGCUGGUGCAGGCAGUUCUGACUUCAGCCACCGUGGUGCACUGUGCCACAUACAAGGGUCGGCUGCGCGCGGCGGCGCCCGAGCGCGAGGACAGCAUGCAGAUCCAGAUGCAUUACAGUGAGCAGCAUCUGGCAAACGGAACGCUGCCGGAUUUUGACAAAGACAGAGCCUGGAAGGCGGUGGUGGUCCAAAUGGCUCAGUGAGCAGAACUUUGAAAAAGCGGUCAUCUGAAAGUUUUAUAUUUGUUAGAGUUUCUGGCAUAGAUUCUGUUUUCUGUUGCCUUCAUUUAAGCAGGAAACUUGAAUUUAUUUUUCUUCACAACAUUGAGAGAAGCUGAACAAUCAAGACGAUGACUGGUGUCAGAAAAACACUUCAUGAUGUCUUGAUAUUAAAUAAACUGGUCAUGAUUGCCUGAACGGGUCAUUUGUGUUGUUAAAGUUUGAUAAUGCGUUUGAAAGGAAUUAAUCGGCUUUUCUGCUAAUAGAAAAUAAAAUUUAGCUUUUUUUUGGUAUUCUUUUCUAUCUGUAGUACUUAACCCUUUGUCGCCUGUGACGCUUAAACGUACUGUAACUUUUUAACCAUUAACACGAUAAUUCCAGUAGAUUCUGAAGGAGAAAAGCGGCUCGUCGAGAAUUAUCAUGCUAAUGGUUGAAAACUUACAGUAAAUCGAAGGACAUAAACACUGUUUUAAGGGUUAUCUCAGAGCUUUAGGUUCUCACAGAUUUUGUGUCUUAGUUUGUGUAUUAAAGUUUUUACAGAUCGACUCAUUUCUCUGUUUAACAAAUAUUGUUGACUUUUCUGAGCAAGUUUAAGCUCUUCAGUGUGUAAAAAAGUCUGUACAUAAUACAAAAAUCCUUUUGUUUGUGUUGAUUUUUUUUUUAAAUAAAAUUGCCAAUUAUUAGUAAAGAAAA